AGGCUUGGUGCGGAAAGAGUUGACAAUGAGAGAGACGUGAAGAACCUUUGCAAUUAAAAGUGUGUGGAGAGAACGAGGGAUUCGGCAGCGUUUUGCGAUUGACUGAAAGGGCGUGUGUGUGUAGUUCGCGGUGGCGAUUGUGGGGGACAUGGAAAGGACUGGAAUGGAUCAGCAUGUGGUUGUAAUAGCUACGCUCGGAAUAGAUGCGCGGCGGGGAAGGAAAUCGGGGUGGGGUGGGGGGCGGCGGCGAAGAGAGGAGAGCCCUUUCUUGAAAAGCUCCGGAUGCUUUAAAAUGUGCCGUCGCUGGUUCCCUGCAUGAGGAGGGCUGAGGGAGAGAAACUCUCCCCUCGCCAUGCCUCGGCCAAGGGAAAAGGGCUGAGCAGGAUGCCAGCACCCACAGUGUCCUGAAUGUGGAGAGUGCUGGAAGAAGAGGAGAUAUUAGCCCACAGAUCCCCUUUCCCUUCUUCACUGCCUUUGGUUUCUUCUAUUUAUUUAGUGGUUAGGUAGCUUCACAGCAAUUGCUGGAUGUGACGCUUCCACCAUGUGGCUCCUGAGGCUAAAGCACCACUGGUCGGUCAACAUCUGGACUCUGCUGCUCCUGGGGAGUGCUUGGCUGCCAUUAUCAGAGGGCACCCCAAAAUCCUCCUCUCCCUUUAGGACUUUCCCAGUCACAGAAUGGAGUUUGACACACUUGGUGGUCCACAACAAAACUGGGGAGGUGUAUGUAGGUGCCAUCAACCGGAUCUAUAAGCUUGCAAACAAUCUGACGCUAAUGCGCACUCAUGUGACAGGGCCAGUGGAUGACAAUGAGAAGUGCUACCCACCUCCCAGUGUGCAGUCUUGUCCACAUGGGCUAGUCAGCACAAAUAAUGUCAACAAGUUACUGCUAGUGGAUUACUCUGGGAACCGACUGAUAGCCUGUGGCAGUGCUUCUCAGGGCAUCUGCCAGUUCCUGCGCUUGGAUGACCUCUUCAAGUUAGGCGAGCCCCAUCAUCGCAAGGAGCACUACCUCUCCAGUGUCAAUGAGUCAGGAACCAUGUCGGGGGUCAUUAUUGAAGUGCAUAAUGGGCAAAACAAGCUUUUCAUUGGAACACCCAUUGAUGGCAAGUCUGAGUACUUCCCCACCCUGUCCAGCCGCAAGCUGAUGGACAGUGAGGAGAAUGCAGAGAUGUUUGGGUUUGUUUAUCAGGAUGAGUUUGUCUCAUCCCAGCUCAAGAUCCCUUCAGAUACACUUUCCAAGUUUCCCACGUUUGAUAUCUACUAUAUCUACAGCUUCAGCAGUGAGCAGUUUGUCUACUACCUGACCUUGCAACUGGACCCACAGCUUACCUCACCUGACUCUACAGGGGAGCAAUUCUUCACUUCUAAGGUUGUUCGGCUGUGUGUGGAUGACCCCAAGUUCUACUCAUAUGUAGAAUUCCCCAUUGGCUGUGUUCGAGAUGGCAUUGAAUACCGCCUGAUUCAAGACGCUUACCUCAGCAAGCCUGGAAGGGCACUGGCCAAGCAGUUGGGCAUCUCAGAGCAUGAGGAUAUCCUCUUCACAAUCUUCUCUCAGGGUCAGAAGAACAGGGUCAAGCCACCAAAAGAGUCUGUCCUUUGCCUCUUCACACUGAAGAAGAUCAAAGACAAGAUCAAGGAGCGCAUCCAGUCUUGCUACCGUGGGGAAGGGAAGCUCUCUUUGCCCUGGCUUCUGAAUAAGGAAUUGGGCUGCAUAAACUCACCUCUGCAGAUCGAUGACAAUUUCUGUGGGCAGGAUUUUAACCAGCCAUUGGGUGGAACAGUCACGAUUGAAGGUGUGCCGCUCUUUGUGGACAAAGAAGAUGGCAUGACAUCAGUGGCUGCUUAUGACUACCGUGGGCACACUGUGGUCUUUGCUGGCACACGACGUGGCAGGAUCAAAAAGAUCCUGGUGGACCCUGCCAAUCCCAUUGGACGUUCAGCAUUGCAGUAUGAGAAUGUCGUGGCACACGAUGGCAAUGCCAUCCUGCGGGACUUGGUGCUUAGCCCUGAUCUCCAGUACCUCUAUGCCAUGACUGAGAAACAGGUGACUCGAGUGCCAGUGGAGAGCUGUGAGCAAUAUACAACCUGUGCACUGUGUCUGGGCUCCAGGGACCCUCAUUGUGGCUGGUGUGUGCUCCACAAUAUUUGCUCACGGAAAGAUCGAUGUGAACGAGCAGAUGAGCCACAGCGCUUUGCUUCAGAUCUGCGCCAGUGUGUCCAGCUCACUGUUCAACCCAAAAAUAUUUCAGUCACCAUGUCAGAAGUCCCGUUGGUUCUGCAGGCCUGGAAUGUCCCUGAUCUCUCCGCUGGUGUGAAUUGCUCAUUUGAAGAUUUUACAGAGUCCGAGAGUCGCAUCGAAGAUGGCAGGAUCUAUUGCAGCUCUCCUUCCACAAAAGAUGUCAUCCCUAUCACUAGAGGGCGAGGUGAUAAGCGAGUGGUGAAGCUCUACCUCAAAUCCAAGGAGACUGGGAAGAAGUUUGCUGCUGUGGAUUUUGUCUUUUACAACUGCAGUGUUCACCAAUCCUGCCUAUCUUGUGUGAAUGGAUCCUUCCCUUGCCAUUGGUGCAAAUAUCGUCACAUCUGUACCCACAAUGCUGCCGACUGCUCCUUCCAGGAGGGACGUGUCAACAUGUCUGAGGACUGCCCUCAGAUCCUUCCCUCCACGCAGAUAUAUAUCCCUGUGGGUGUGGUGAAGCCCAUCACCCUGACAGCCAAAAAUCUGCCACAGCCACAGUCUGGACAGCGAAAUUAUGAGUGCAUCUUCCAUAUCCCUGGCAGUCCUACCCGUGUCACUGCCCUGCGCUUCAACAGCACCAGCAUACAAUGCCAGAACACCUCGUAUUUCUAUGAAGGAAAUGACAUCAGCGACCUCCCGGUGAACCUUUCUGUGGUAUGGAAUGGAAAUUUCAUCAUUGACAAUCCACAGAACAUUCAGGCUCACCUGUACAAAUGCUCAGCUCUUCGUGAGAGCUGUGGGCUGUGCCUCAAGGCAGAUCCACGUUUUGAGUGUGGCUGGUGUGUGUUAGAAAAGCGAUGUUCCCUGCGCCAACACUGCCCAACUUAUGAGAGCAACUGGAUGCACGCCAGCAAUGGCAACAGCCGCUGUGCAGACCCCAAAAUCAUCAAGCUGUUCCCUGAAACAGGACCCCGGCAGGGAGGUACUCGCUUAACCAUCAUCGGUGAGAACUUGGGCCUGAAAUUUGAGGAUGUGAAGUUCGGGGUCCAUGUUGGCAAAGUGACGUGCAUUCCCAUUGAGAGUGAAUACAUCAGUGCUGAGCAGAUUGUCUGUGAGAUUGGAGAUGCCAGUCCAAGCAAAAUCCAAGAUGCCCCUGUGGAAGUCUGUGUCAGGGAUUGUUUCCCCAGCUACAAGGCCACAGCCCCCAAAAGCUUCACCUUUGUGACUCCUACUUUCUCACAAGUGACACCACCUCGGGGUCCUCUCUCUGGGGGCACCUGGAUUAGCAUAAAGGGAAAGCACCUCAAUGCGGGAAGUGACAUUAAAGUGACCGUCGGAGACCAACCUUGUGCCUUUUCAUGGCGAAAUGCUGGUGAGAUCCGAUGUAGGACACCACCUGGCCAAAUCUCAGGAGAUUCACCCAUCUACAUCCAUAUCAACCGAGCUGUACUUAGUAAUCCUGAAGUGACAUACUACUACACUGAGGAUCCCACAAUUCAGAAGAUAGACCCUGAGUGGAGCAUCAACAGUGGUGGGACAUUGUUGACCAUAACAGGCACCAACCUGGCCACAAUCAAGGAACCAAGGAUCCGAGCCAAGUACGGCAGCGCUGAGAGAGAGAAUAACUGCACUGUCUACAAUGACACCACAAUGGUGUGCUAUGCUCCCUCCAUUGACAACCCAGUCCGGAGCCCCCCAGAGCUUGGCGAUCGUCCAGAUGAGAUUGGUUUUGUCAUGGAUAAUGUCCAGGCCUUGCUGAUCAUCAACAGAACCAAUUUUGUCUACUACCCAGACCCUGUUUUUGAGUCUCUCCCCUCUGGCAUGCUGGAGCUCAAGCCAAGCUCCCCACUCAUCCUCAAGGGCCGCAACCUGCUUCCUCCAGCAUCUGGUAAUUCCCGGCUAAACUACACUGUGCUAAUUGGUGAUACUCCCUGUGCCCUUACAGUUUCUGAGACCCAGCUUCUCUGCGAGUCACCAAAUCUCACAGGACAACACAAAGUGACGAUCAAGGCUGGGGGCUUUGAGUUCUCCCCAGGGACGCUGCAAAUAUACUCGGACAACUUGUUGACUCUGCCAGCCAUCAUUGGCAUUGGUGGAGGUGGAGGCCUCCUCUUGCUCAUCAUCAUCAUUGUCCUCAUUGCAUACAAGCGGAAGUCUCGAGAUGCUGACCGCACCCUCAAACGCCUCCAGCUGCAGAUGGACAAUUUAGAGUCUCGCGUGGCUUUGGAGUGCAAGGAAGCCUUUGCUGAGCUGCAAACCGAUAUUCACGAGCUAACCAAUGACUUGGAUGGGGCCGGCAUCCCCUUCUUGGAUUAUCGCACCUAUGCCAUGAGGGUCCUCUUCCCGGGAAUAGAAGAUCAUCCUGUGCUGAAGGAAAUGGAGGUGCAGGCAAAUGUGGAGAAGUCCUUGACCCUCUUUGGUCAGCUCUUGAACAAGAAGCACUUCCUGCUGACCUUCAUUCGCACCCUGGAGGCACAGCGCAGCUUCUCCAUGAGGGACCGGGGCAAUGUGGCCUCGUUAAUAAUGACGGCACUGCAAGGUGAAAUGGAGUAUGCCACUGGAGUGCUUAAGCAGCUUCUCUCAGACCUGAUUGAGAAGAACUUGGAGAGCAAGAACCACCCCAAAUUGCUCUUGAGGCGGACAGAGUCAGUGGCUGAGAAAAUGCUGACAAACUGGUUCACAUUCCUUUUGUACAAGUUUUUAAAGGAGUGUGCAGGUGAACCGCUGUUUAUGCUUUACUGUGCCAUCAAACAGCAGAUGGAGAAGGGACCCAUUGAUGCCAUCACUGGAGAGGCCCGCUACUCCCUAAGUGAAGAUAAGCUCAUCCGUCAACAGAUUGACUACAAAAUGCUGACUCUAAACUGUGUGAACCCUGAGAAUGAAAAUGCUCCUGAGAUCCCAGUCAAGGUCCUGAACUGUGACACCAUCACACAAGUGAAGGAGAAGCUGCUGGAUGCUGUGUACAAGGGAGUGCCAUACUCCCAGAGACCAAAAGCAGGAGACAUGGAUCUGGUGAGCACGAUCCCCAGUGACCCCAUGCCCUUCUCUUCCAUCGGUGCAGAGUGGCGGCAGGGCAGGAUGGCUCGGAUAAUACUGCAAGAUGAAGAUGUAACCACAAAGAUCGACAAUGACUGGAAAAGACUCAACACUCUCGCCCAUUACCAGGUGACAGAUGGCUCCUCUGUUGCACUGGUGCCCAAGCAGAAUUCUGCCUAUAACAUCUCCAACUCCUCCACUUUCACCAAGUCACUCAGCAGAUACGAGAGUAUGCUCCGGACAGCCAGCAGCCCUGACAGUCUCCGUUCCCGGACCCCCAUGAUCACUCCUGACCUCGAGAGUGGCACCAAGCUAUGGCAUCUGGUGAAGAAUCAUGAUCACAUGGAUCAACGAGAAGGUGAUCGGGGCAGCAAGAUGGUCUCAGAAAUCUACCUGACCCGCCUGCUAGCCACCAAGGGGACCCUACAGAAGUUUGUCGAUGAUUUAUUUGAGACCAUCUUCAGCACAGCCCACCGAGGAAGUGCCUUGCCUCUGGCCAUCAAGUAUAUGUUUGACUUCCUAGACGAACAAGCAGAUAAGCACCAGAUCAAUGACUAUGAUGUCAGGCACACUUGGAAGAGUAACUGUCUACCUCUGCGUUUUUGGGUGAAUGUGAUUAAGAACCCCCAGUUUGUCUUUGACAUUCACAAGAACAGUAUUACUGAUGCCUGCCUAUCAGUGGUGGCUCAGACAUUCAUGGACUCCUGCUCAACUUCUGAGCACAAGCUAGGGAAAGAUUCUCCCUCCAACAAACUACUGUACGCCAAGGACAUCCCCAACUACAAGAGCUGGGUAGAAAGAUAUUAUGCAGAUAUUGCUAAAAUGCCAGCAAUCAGCGACCAAGAUAUGAGCGCCUACCUGGCAGAGCAGUCACGGUUACACCUGAGCCAGUUCAACAGCAUGAGUGCACUGCACGAGAUCUACUCCUACAUCACCAAGUACAAGGAUGAGAUUCUAGCUGCUUUAGAGAAGGACGAACAAGCCCGAAGGCAACGGCUGCGAAGUAAGUUGGAGCAGGCAAUUGACACAAUGGCCCUAAGUAGCUGAAAAGGCCGAGACAGCACUGCAGACUUCCCUAGCAGUGGAUACGAAGAAGAGAGAGAGGGCAAGCGAGCCGCGGCAGUAAGAAAGCAAGCAAGAAUCUGUUGGGGCCUAGCACCAAACAAUGCACAGAGUCCGCUGCGUCUCGGAACACGUUACAUAAAUGGACAGCAAAAACUUAAGCCACCAUAUCAAAAACAAAUUGAGCCUAUCUAGAUUCCUUUUGAAAGGAGCGACGUAGCAAAGAACCUGAAGGACCCCAGGAGAUGUGCAAGGAGGGGCCAGGGAAGAGGACUCCGGCUCAGCUGCCACUGCCCCCCCCCAACGAGGCCUGUCCCAGAUCUGGCAAUGGAAGGUUGGGGACAGCACUAACUUCUAGGACAACGUUUUUACAUUAUGGUUUUUCUGUAGCAGGCGGGUGGGUAGGCUUAUAAUUCCCCCCCCCCCCGCUGUACUUGCUCCCUUUCCUGCCUUGCCUGGACAACUCUCCUCUUUAUUUUCUCUCCCUUUCUCUCUCCCUGGCCUUCUGCCUCUAGUGUUAACUGCUAUAUUUGCACAAUUUCCACAAGCUAGAUUUUUUUUAAUUAAAAAAAAAAGAUUAAAAGUAUAGGGGUUGGGGGGAGGUUCUAAAUUUUCCACAAAAAUUUUGCAGAACAUUUUUUUUUUUAAAUGAAAACAAAAAGAAAGGACCGUCACUUGGUUAGGAUAGAAAUGGGAUGAGUGGGACCAAAAAGAGUCCCUGUAUCUAUUGGUUCUUUCUACAUUUUGCCCUGUGCCAUGUUUUGUUUGAAUGUUUAGCACAGGCCAAAAAGAUGCUCUCAUUUUGAAUGCUGCUUAAGAGUGUGCCGGAGGUUUAGAUACAGGCAAAAACAUGGAUGGGUGCUGGAGGUUUAGUCAAGCAGGCAAAAACAUGGAAGGGUGGCUCUGUGUAGUAGCAAGCCCCAAAGGGAGAGAUCUUUCACCUUUUCAUUUUUGCAGGUCUGGUAAGUUGCUUUGUGGGACCUGGCAUCUUUUUCAGAAAAGUCCCUGCUUUGCUUUUUUAUAGAUAAGACACGAUGGUCUAUUUGUAAAUUGAACUAAGCAACCUACCAGAAGCUUUCCUUGUCCCACCACCAUCAUAGACCUUCUGCCGCCUUACCGCAUAUAGGGAUGUGCAUAAAACCGGUUCUCCCGGUUCGGUUCGGAUCCGAACCGGGUCCGAACCGGACCAGGGUGGUUCGGUUUUGGUUUUGCCGAACCACCCCCCCGGUUCGGUUCGGAUCCGAACCGAACCGGUUCGGAUCUCAAAAAAUAGCUGGUUUGAAAGGGGACCUUGUGUUCUACCUGCCACCCAAAUUUCA